AUGAGGGAGCCGGUGGGAUGGCGGGUGUGCUGGGUGCUCCCCCUGCUGCGUCAGGCUCUCUGUGUUGCCACGGCAGAGGCUUCCAUUGGGCUCUCCUCCUCACGAAGUGCAUGGCUUUCAACCGGUGCUUCUCUUGCAAGUGAGUCAGUCUAUAGGGAGCAUGAUGCGACGCAGAGCGCAUCCUUCCUUGACUCUAGCCUUGAGGCCAUUGAUGCGAUUCCAGAAGAUGGUCGACCAGUGGGGUUCGUUGGAGUCGAUGUUGAAGCUGCUACCAACAAUCCUUUGUCAAACUCUAAACUUGGGGGCUACCGGACGUCGGCGGUGGCGACGGGGCUAGGAGCUGCCCUAGCGCUACUAUUUUGCUUGUUUUUGAUGGGAACAGGUGGGCAACGGCGCUCAGGACCAAGGGCAGAUGCGCUUGGAAAAACAGAUGCAAGGUUGCCUUUGGAUGCACCACGGGAAGGGGGCAUUUUUAUGCGAGCAGGAAAGGAGAGAGAUAAAUCACAACCAGGGAGCCCGCCGGAAGAGACGGAAAGGCGACUGGAGGAGGUGCGAAAGCUUCUUCCCGCAGCAUCACGGCUUGCCUCAGUAGUUGACUCCGACGAAACCCAGAUAUUACUGGCCAAGGUAAAGGAGAAUGUUGAGCACGCAUACCAGCUCAAGGGCAAAGUUUCGGAUGACCGAGAGCCGAACGACCGGCUUGACCGCGCAUUGGAAGCCCUACGCACCCUACAUCGAACUGCCAUUCUUCACGCAGAAGUGCUCAUAAAAACCGGAGGAGAAAUCCCUACGUUCUCUAUGCUGGAUUCAAGUGAAGAAUCAGUAGCGCGACUGACGGCGAUUGAGAAGGAUAUGGAAGAGGAGGGGGUGCUUACGUUCAUCAAGUACCUGCGCGUACUUGAUGAGAGCAUUUUAAAUAUAUGCCGAAAAUUCAGCGAAGCCCGAAACGAGAUUUCCACAGAACGAUAUUUUGUAGACGAAACUGAUGGAGAGGUGCUAGCUGCUCUUACAGAUAAAAUUGAGUGGCUGCGGGGUUUGGAAAACAGGAAGAGGCAUGCAGUCGAUGUGGCAUUACAACUAGAACAAAAUAUGUUAUAUGCCGUAAGAACGCUCCUUUUUGAAGUUCACGAAGAUACUUUGCUGCGUGAUGAGGGAGACUUGGGGAUUGCCAAGGCGCUUGCAGCUGCAGCGGGAGGCGACAACGGAGCAAACGGUGAUAAGGAAACACAGGAUGAUGCAGCUACGCAACCAACCAACACACUGUCUUCGCCUUCAGACGAACUAGAAAUGGCGGAGGUUGUGCUGGGUAAGCUGCGGGCAAAUUUGAAAACUGUUCCGCGGAAUAUGUCUUUGAGUGACAUACUUUCAGCUAACAGGACUGCUGAGGAAUUGGAAGCGCAGGCAGGCUCGCUGCUCUUAAAGUGUUGGCCCUUGACUAUGGACCAUCCCCAUCCAGCAGAAAUUUUCCGCCCAAAUAUACACAACAUGCUGAAGGAUGUGGCUCUGAAAGCUUAUUGGCGUGCCGUCUCAGAAAAAGGGGGCUUGCGAGUAACGGUGCGCACGCUACAGGCAGCAAACGCAGAGCCUUCGGGUUCGUCUGAGGUUGCAUCCAGCCCAAUUCCUCAUCUUAAUGCCGUCUUGGCUGCCAGGCUUAGGGAUAGUGCAGAGGAUAUCUCUCAACAGGCUGAAAAGUACUAUUCUGAAGCCAAGGCAUUGGUGGAGGCGCUGCAUAGUUUGCGCGAGACACAACACAUGGUAAGCCAUGUGCAGAAAGUGACGGCCACCGUCAGCCCCUUGGUGAAGCUGAAAAACAAAUGCUGUAUACUCAUGCUGGGCAAUUGCUUGCUGAAGGUGCUGGAUAUGGACAUCGUAUUCAGCAUGGAGCUCGCUGCCCGUGCUUCUUCAAGUGGCGCAACACUUUCACAUUCCGACCAGAGUUUGUUAAAGAAUCUUCAGGCGAGCUUUGACGCAGCCCAGAAGGCAGCUAAGGAGGCAAACACGAUUGAGGGAGCUGUAGAAGCAGCGGCAAUUAUGCGGGAAAAAGCGGAAUCAAUGGAAGAACUUGUAAUAAAGCAGGGGAAGGCGCUGCUGCACCAUUAG